CUGGAGGCUGUGAAGAGCCCCAGAGUUCUGCAGAGUGGCGUUGUGUCCUGGGGAGAGCUGAGGUGAAAGGGCAGGUCUGGACAUGCUGUCCCAUGGGCUGGAAGCACUUCCAGUCCAGCUGCUACUACUUCUCUAGAGACCUCAUGAACUGGGGUGACAGUGAGACAAACUGCACAGGGAUGGGCUCCCACUUGGUGCUGAUCAACACAGGAACUGAGCAGGAUUUCAUUUUCAAUUGGACAAAGAGAACUCUUACGUUCAUCUCAGACAGGAGUUACUAUGUCGGUCUGACAGGUCAGGCAGAGGAAGGCCAGUGGCGCUGGGUGGAUCAGACUCCAUAUAAUGAGACUGCAGCAUUCUGGAGACAAAAUGAACCUAGUAAUGGCAACAUGGAGAACUGUGCUGUCAUGCAUAUAGAGACAAAGGCAAAUAGGAAGAAUUGGAAUGAUAUUCCGUGUUCCACUGAAGUGCAUAGAGUUUGUGAAACUGCUGCAACAAGUUUUUGAGGAAAGAAACCCCAUCCAGGAUGUGAAGCCAGAAAGAGAGAAGAGAGCCCAUCCCUGGCUAGACGCAGCUGAGAAAGAUAUCUGAUUGGAGGGUUUGGUUCAGAUGUAAGACUUGUGCUGUAAUUAUGGAGUGGGAGGUUACUGUGUUCAAUGGUUCAAACUCACCCAUAUGCACAAAAAAAUUUUGAAAAAAAAAAGGUAAAAUGUUCAGAAGUGGAAAAGAGGUAAUUUUCAGCAGAACUCUGUUUAUGAUGUCACAAAGGUGGACUAUGCCAGCACUCAACAUUUCUGGAGGACCUGGGUUGCUAAGGGCAGGGCCCAGCGGCUUUGGCCUUGAAAGAGUUGAAGAGAGAGUUACUAUUAACGAUUAACCCACUC